GUAAAAUACGAAUAAUAAACGUGUUAUACGGGUUUUAUACGUGUUUAGUACGGGAGCCAUCAAAUGAACGGAGAAAAAUGUAAAGGUUUGACAAUAAUACGGAUACGGAAGUUUUAAACGAAUAAAGUACGUACGAGUGUAUAUACGUGUAUUAAACGGAGUAUUUACAAUCAACUCAUAAACAGAGGUAUCUUUGGAAACUAUAGUACUUAUGCUACUGCUACGGCUUUCAAUUGGUAAAGUAGGAUUUAUGUUUGUCCAAUUGGUUUCAAGUUCAACACCUCCCUUACAUUUAAAAAGCUACCAGGUGAACCUACAUUUCUCAAGUUACCAUGCUUCCUUUGGUUCGAAAGUUACUAUGCUUUUUGUUAACCAAACUAAUCAAUUAAUCUUUUCUCAUCGAAAUUUUAGUAACCAAAAUAACAAAAUACAAACAAGUAAAAAAUCAAUUGACUUUGUAAUUUGUAUGAGAAGUCAUUUGCACCAAUAACCUUAUCUCACAAAUUAACCCGCCCAUCGGGCAGGCUUCAUGCUGGUAUAAAUAAAACACCUUUAUUGUAUAAACUAUAAAGAAUGAGAUAAUAAGAAGAACACUUUCCACAUCUUCUCUUGUGUUUUUUUUUUUCUCUUCACUCUCUCUUAUUAUUGUUGUUCUCUUUUAGCUCAUAACAAAGACGACUUUUUUACCGUUCAAAUCAGAUUUUGUUUAACACCAAAUAUCAUUUAUCAAUAAAAAAGGUUAAGAAUUUAAUUACAAUUUUUAAGUUAGAAAGAUCCUAAUAAAAAUUUGUGCGAUAAUUAGCAAUUCUCCUUUUCUCCUCCUAGAAAACCAUUGACUGGACCAUGUAAAUAAAUCUCUUCGUUCUGACUUUCCAUGGAUAGGAGCAGGGCCAGGAGCAGGGGGUUGUAGAAUUGAUUGUUCAUAGUUGUUGUCGAACGAACCAUUUCUGUGAAGCUGCCGCCGUAUUUGAAGGGGGAAAUUGGUUCAUGCUUGUAGUUUAACAAUGGCUCUUCUGCCUGCUAUUAACACCAUCUUUACCCAUAUCUUCCGACCCAAGUUCUCAUUUUUCCGCAUAUCUUGUACCUUUUCCUCGCGUCUUCAAACCCCUCAACUCAAAAUCUUUGCAAAACCCCUAGCGACUCUUACGCCCAACCCAAACCCCAAACCAAAUUCUGCCACUUUGCUUCUCAAUGGCAAGGACCAGCGUUUUCAUGGAUCAAGUGAGGUUCCCCACAUUGAAAAGAUUCAUUUUCAGUCAAGCUCUACAAUUGCUGCCAUUGUCACUUCCAUUGGUGGCCCUCCAGGCGCUGUGGGCAUCAUACGGCUAUCUGGACCAUCUGCAGUGAACGUUGCUGCUCGUGUGUUCAAACCCAUUAAGAGGAAGAAAAAGAGGACGCAGAGGAACGAAAGACUGGCCGCUUGGCAGCCUACCAGCCAUGUGGUGGACUACGGUAUAGUACUGGAUCUUCAGGGGAAUGUGAUUGAUGAGGUUCUUGCUGUGCCAAUGUUGGCUCCGAGAUCCUAUACCUGUGAAGAUGUGGUUGAGCUUCAGUGUCAUGGGAGUGAGGUUUGUCUUAACCGUGUGCUGAGAGCCUGUCUGGAAGCUGGAGCUAGGCUUGCUGAACCAGGUGAAUUUACUCUCCGGGCAUUUCUUAAUGGUCGGUUGGACCUUUCCCAAGCUGAAAAUGUUGGCAGGUUAAUUUCGGCCAAGUCUGCAGCAGCUGCAGAUGCAGCACUAGCUGGACUUGAGGGAGGCUUUGGUUUGCUGGUAAAAUCAACAAGAAUGCAAUGCAUUGAGUUGCUUACUGAGAUUGAAGCUCGCCUAGACUUUGAUGAUGAGAUGCCACCUUUAGACGCAAACCUGAUCACGAACAAGAUACAAGCUAUGUCUAUGGAAGUUGAUAAGGCAUUGGAGACGGCCAAUUAUGAUAGGCUUCUGCAGUCUGGAUUACAGAUAGCAAUCAUAGGUCGUCCAAAUGUUGGGAAGUCAAGCCUCCUUAAUGCAUGGAGUAAAAGUGAGAGAGCUAUAGUUACAGACAUUGCUGGAACAACCCGAGAUGUAGUUGAAGCCAGCAUUACAGUUGGCAAUAUUCCUGUUACACUCCUAGAUACAGCUGGCAUUAGGGAAACCGAUGACGUUGUUGAGAGGAUUGGAGUAAAGAGAUCUGAAGCUGCAGCCAUGGGAGCCGAUAUUAUUAUUUUGGUGAUGAGUGCCUCUGAUGGGUGGACGUCAGAAGAUGCAACCCUUCUGCAGAAGAUAGAAUCAAAAAAGGAGCAAAUUGGAUCAUCAACUCCACUUAUCUUGGUGAUUAAUAAGAUAGAUUGUGCUCGAUCGCUGGUAGCUGAAUUUGAUGAUGAUAGAGAAGGCAAUAAUAGUCUGUCUAGGCGUGUUUUCACCUGUGCGGUUACUGGUCAAGGAAUUCAAGAGCUGGAGACAGCAAUUGCAGAAAUCAUGAAUCUAAAUACGAUUCCAGACGGUGGGCGCAAAUGGACCGUGAAUCAGAGACAAUGUGAGCAGCUUGUAAGAACCAAGGAGGCCCUUUCCAGGUUGAAAUCCUCGAUAGAAGAUGAUUUGCCUCUGGAUUUUUGGACGAUUGAUUUGAAGGACGCUGCUUUGGCACUGGGACAAAUCACUGGCGAAGACAUAUCGGAAGAGGUUUUAUCCAACAUUUUCGGCAAGUUCUGUAUUGGCAAGUAGAAGAAGACGAAUGCAUCAAGAAACUCAUAAGGGUUGGCGGUAUAUCUUCUGUAUUUGCAAAUUCUGUAGACUUAGCUAUGAACUCUUGACAUAGAUGGCUAGGAGUUGUAGUUCAAAAUAUAGCAUUUUUGUUUUCUCUAUUCGUUAAAUGAUAAAUUUUACUUUUCCCCCCUCUUUCUUACUAUAGUCAUGGAGUCUCUUCUUUACUAAACCUCAAUUUCGCAGAUGAGAGUUCUGGAGCAGCAAUUUGAUGAAGUCAAAUGAUACUUGAAGAGUUUUAUAGCUGUCGGGUUUGAAAUGUAACCCAAGUAACUGUGAGAUUAAUUUUGGGGGAAGAAACCAUUAAGUUUAAGAAAGUAGCAUUACAGGUUUCAGGGUUUGUCAAAGGGAAUCUGCCUGUGAGGUAUUUGGGUCUGCCACUUAUGGCAAGGAAGUUCUCAGAUAGGGAAUGUGAGGUGAUGACUGAGAAGCUUACCAAUAGGGUUAAAUCUUGGAGAGCAAGGCAAGCUAUCUUAUGUUGGCAGAAUUCAGCUUGUUUCUUCAGUAUCAAUUGGAAUUGUGAACCUUGUCGACAUGAUUUAGGCGAUUUAAGCUAUUCCUUUUCCUACGAAUCCGAUUGAUGAUAGGCUAGUUUGGCAUGAGGAGGCUUCUGGUUAAUAUACAGUAAAGUCUUGG